AUGACCUCGCCGGCGUCACCUGGCCCCCCCCAGUCGACCUCGCCGGCGCUCCCCCCCCAGGCCACCCCCCAACAUGACCUCGCCGGCGUCACCUGGCCCCCCCAGUCGACCUCGCCGGCGCUCCCCCCCAGGCCACCCCCCAACAUGACCUCGCCGGCGUCACCUGGCCCCCCCCCAGUCGACCUCGCCGGCGCUCCCCCCCCAGGCCACCCCCCAACAUGA